AUGUCUGUCAUGUUUAAUGCCGACACUUCGUCUUCUUCGUUACCAUAUAUCAUUAAAUUGACCGCAGGAAAACGUAGUACAGGAAUGGAUACUGAUUCAAGUAUUGCCACAAACACAAAUAUGAACACAGAACCAAAUAUGGACAUUUUCAAUGAAGCCGACGAAAAGGAAAAGAAAUGGUGGUCAGGAAAAGGUUCUCUAGGUUCUCUGGGUAUUGAUGAGAAAAGAUUACCUCUAGUAUUGGCGAGAGGAGUAAAAUUUAAUCAGUUUGCAAAAAGAGCUGAGAAGAUUAAGGCCAGAAGGUUCUUGGACUAUCGUAAUGGUACUAUAGCCAUUAUUGAAUUACCAACUGGAGGACACGAAGUUACAGCCCGUGAAUUUAGCUUUAAAUUUAUGACUGCAAUCUGUAAUGCAACAAAUCAAAGAAGUGUUUAUGAUUGGGGAUCGAAAAGUUUAUUUACUAAUCUCCCAACAGACGAAUAUCAAGAGCCAGACGCAUGUUUUAUACCUAUACGUCUGUUGGAUGCAUUGAACCCAGUACUAAAUCCUUGUGAUCGAGAUGGAAGCCCAUGGCCAACAAUCAUCCUUGAGGUUGCUUCCUCAGAAACUCUCCAACAUGUAAAGGAUAAGAUCAAUAACUAUUGGCUAGUACAAGAUCGUUGUGAAGAUGUAAUCGUUAUCAAAAUAGGUAAUUGGGAAGAAAAGCGUCGUAACCAAACGACCCAACGCCCUUUGCGUCGUUUGCGGCAAAAUCCAAACGCCACAACAUUCGAAGCAAUUGAAGAGAUUGAGUUUGGGUCCACGUAUGCUAAUGGCAGGGAAAGUAAUUUUUGCACUGGACCUCACAUGAAAUGGCUUACAAUUAAUUGUAAUUGUAUUUAUGCUGGUUGUCCUCAACCUCCUCCUCUUCCUUCAUUUUACACAUUUAUCUCUUCGCGACCUUUCAGUUCCCCUCGAUUUCCCUACCCUCUACAAGCACCGGGAGUUGCAAUGGACGUAUAUGAUCUUCAACAAGCGAUUUUUUCAGCUAUGGGUCAUAAUUGA